GGGUCUUGGGAAUAUAAAUCUUGAGAAUAUGAAUUUUGAGAAUAGAGGUCUUGGAAAUAUGAAUCUUGGGAAUAUGAAUCUUGAAGAUAAAGAUCUUGAAAGUAUAUAUCUUGGGGAUAUGAAUCAUAAGAAU